AUGAGGCCGACGACAGCGCUCGGGCUGCUGGCCGCGGCGCAAUAUGCGGAAGCUGGCGUGGCUCCGAUGUUCCCGCGGGCAGAAGCUGGUGAUGGAUAUCUGGCGAUCCCCGUGGGAACCAUCAAGAGGCCGCACAAGGUUGGCAAGAGAAGCGCCAUUGACGCGGUGUUGGAGAAUAUGGAUUUCUUCUAUGCCAUCCAAGUUGGCCUAGGAACUCCUCCCCAAAACGUAACCGUCCUCGUCGAUACGGGAUCCAGCGAGCUAUGGGUCAAUCCGGACUGCUCUACCGCACCAUCACAGCAGCAGGCCCAGCAGUGUCAAGACCUCGGCGAAUACAAUCCCAAUAAAUCGAGAACACCGCCGGUUGGUCCCUUUGGGCGCGAGGAAAUCAAUUAUGGCGACCCAACAGACCAGUCCACGCAGACGUCAGUCGACAUCACAUACUUUGCCGACACGCUGAGCUUUGGCAAAAUUCAAGUCAAGAACCAGACGUUUGGUGUUGUUACGGCCAGCGAGGGCCAGGCGCAAGGUAUCAUGGGUCUGGCGCCAGAUGUUCGAGGGGGAUUCCCAGGUGAUCAGCCGUAUAGCUUGCUACUCAACACAAUGGCCGACCAAGGCGUCAUUGCCAGCCGAGUUUUUGCCCUCGAUCUCCGGCAUUCGGAAUCAGAGACGGGCGCCCUCAUCUACGGCGGCCUUGACCGCAGCAAAUUCAUCGGUUCUCUCGAAGCUCGACCCAUCGUGCCCGGCAUUCAGGGCGAAACUCGCUUGGCCGUAAACCUGACUACGUUGGGGCUCACUCAGGGCCGGUCACAGAGCUUCAGGCUCGGAAGUGCCGACACCAACGUGAUGCUCGACUCUGGCACAACGCUCAGCCGAAUGCACUCAGCGGCCGCCUUUCCGAUUCUCGAGGCUUUGGGCGCCCAAAGUGAUGGCGAGGGCUACUUUUAUGUGCCGUGCUCGCUUCGGGAUUCCGCCGGCAGUGUCGAUUUUGGCUUUGGUAAUACGGUUGUCCGUGUUCCUUUCUCCGACUUCAUCCUAUCAGCAGGCGACAGUUCGGGCUCCGGCGACUUCUGUUACGUUGGCUUGGUCCUAACGACGGAUCAGCAGAUUUUGGGAGACACGGUGCUGAGGGCUGGAUACUUUGUUUUCGAUUGGGACAACCAGGAAGUUCACAUCGCUCAGGCCGCUGACUGUGGCAGCAGUGACAUUGUUGUCGCUGGUAAGGGAGCCAACGCCGUGCCCAACGUACAGGGCAACUGCAACGGCAGUGAUGCCUCUUUCACGGGCUCAGGAAGUCCAUCGGCCACAGGAUCGAACCCGAGUCCAACCAACAAUAUCCCAACUGCUGCCGUUACGACUGUAUUUACGGUGACAUCCUGUCCAGUCUUCGAUAUCGGUUGCCGCACCGGUAUGAUCACGACGCAAACCAUUCAACCAGCCGAAGCUACAACCCAACCCAGCGCUACCAGCACUCCUAGUGGUAGCGGCAACGGAAAUGGGGGAGACGAAGAUGCUGGUGUGCGGCCUGACGCCGUGACUUGGGUGUUUAGUGUAUUUGGCGCUUUGGCAAUGGUUUUCAACAUUAUAUAAUUUUUGGGUGGUCCUAUAAUGUGUAUAUACUGACGAGCGAGACGGCUAUCAGCCGUCAAUGUUGGAUACCUUGGUCGAAGAUUUACAUACGAGUUUUGUAUAUGACGGAGGGGCGAAGAUAAUGACAUAUGGAGGUUUUAUCUCACCAACGGAUACUUAACAUAUACAUAUGACAACGGUUUUUGACUAGC